ACCUUUGUAACUCUAACCCUUGGCGCAUUGAACCAUCGAGGUCAGCAUUUUGCUUGUGGAAAGUCGUUGUACGAUGUCGCCUGACAACGCCUCCAACACCCUGGGUUUCCUCAGCCGACAUGUGUUCACCACGGCCCUGUGGUGCGCUGCGGCUCUCUGCGUGGUUGUGCUGCUGAAGGGUACGGUGGCUGUGGUUCGAUCUCUGCGGAACCUGUGGGCCCUGGAGAAGGUUUUCCCCGUCCCGCCGGGAGCACACUGGCUGCUGGGGCACCUGGUGUUUGCAAAACAAGGUGAUCGUCACUUCGAGAAGGCAAUGUCGGAAUGGGUCCAGCAAUAUCAUCAGCAUUCUAUCAAAAAACAACCUACUGACCCACUCUCUUUACAAUAA